AUGAAGCCCACUAAAGAUGCUCUAGUUGUGUGUGUCGGUCUCUCACAGACGGUCCCAAAUAUUCAAUCACCCUCAGUUAAUAAUCUUAAUUUGUUGAGGAGUAUUAACCGGAGGAAACAUUCUCAAGGUUUUGUUCAACAGAAACAGUCCCAGAGAAAGAACACUUCAGUUGGAGCAUGCGUUGAAGUUGGAAAAUUUGGGCUUCCUGAGGAGGUAGAGAGUCUCAAGAGGGACAAAAAUGUGCUCAUGCAGGAGUUGGUUAAGGUCCGGCAGCACCAGCAAAUUUCAGAAGCUAGAUUGCAUUGCUUGACAAAUCGCCUUCAAGGAAUGGAGAAAGCACAGCAACAGAUGCUAUCUUUCUUGGCAAUGGCAAUGCAGAACCCUGGGUUUUUGACUCAGCUGUUUCAGCAGAAUGAGAACUGGCACACGGCUGGCGCAAGCAAGAAGAGACGUCACCCCACACUAGAACAAGGUUCCGAAGACGAUGAACCUGUAGCUUCCGAUGGGCAGAUAGUGAUGUACCAGCCACCAAGGAAUGAGAUCCCAGAGUCUGUCAUCAUGCCAAUCUCAAACUCAAAUGCGUCUCAAGAUCUGGAAAAUGGAGCAAACGAGUUCUUCAUAAAUAUGGAUUCCAUGUCUUUACCAUUCGAAAAAGACUUGCUAUCUUCAGAGAAUGAUUACCCAUUGAUCCUCCCAGAUUUACCAGACGAUUAUCAAAUGUUGGAUCAGAUUUUGCUAGCUUAUCCGUUCUUGGAGAAUUUUGAAGAGACAGAGUCAAAUAUUCCAGAGCCCAUGGACACUGGGAUGGAAGUGGAAUCCACAGAAAUGAUACCAGUUUAGAGACAACACAGAAUGGCGAAUGGACUGAACAUGAUAACAAUAAAGAAACGACACAGAUGUUGGACAUCCUAACAGAACAAAUGGGACUUCCACAUCUGAAACUAACCACGGAAAAGAGGUUAGUACUAUCUCUACAUAAAAAGACAGUUUUGUUCCAAAUUUCACCUGAAGUUCCAUCAUUUGCCUUUUGGUUCAGUCAUCAGCGUUAUAUAUAUAUAUCUUUUUAAUGAAUUAUGUUAUUAUUUCUUCACAAAAGAAUAGCCCACAAUCAAGAGUAUUUGCAAUAACAGUACAAAAGUAUAGCAGGCUUGGCAGCCCACAUAGAAAUGCAGACCAAUAGUAUUCAAUACAGAAUUUAAAGGUGUUCCCUCAGCAAUGUAAAUUCUCUUAUUGUUCACGAAUAAUUGUUUAUAUAUCAAUUUUUUUUUUUUGAAAUUAUAACUAUGUACAAUGUGGCAUAUUUUGCAGGGAUUUGGAAAAUGUGUAUCUAUAUUAUUUGUGAACAGUUUCUAUUGCUGUGGAUACUUUAUAUCAUUUUUCCAUAA